GAAAAAAGAAAAUAGAAACUCCACCCCUACAGUUUUUCCCUGCAUCUCUUUUUCUCUCACUUCCAUUUUUCUCCGCACACAUUUUCUCGAUUCACACACACUUUCUCCAGAACCAGUUUCUCUCUUCGAAUUCGCAAGCAAAAAUUUCAUUACUGCAAAAUGAGCAAGGGGCCGGGACUCUUCUCCGAUAUCGGCAAGAAAGCCAAAGAUCUGCUGACGAAGGACUACCUCUCCGAUCACAAAUUCUCCGUCUCAACCUACAGUGAAUCUGGAGUGGCCUUGACUACAUCCACGGUGAAAAAAGCAGGCUAUUCAUCUGGAGAUGUGGCAGCUCAGUACAUAUAUAAGAAUACUUCUGCUGAUCUAAAAGUUGACACCGAAAAUUACUUCCACCCUCACGCAUCCCUCACGGCAGCUGUUGGGCAUAAUCAAGCUCCUCAGAUUGAUUUAACCGUCACACUUGGAACCUCCACUUUCGCUUUGGGUGCCGAGGCAGGUUACGAGACAACUUCUGGAAAAUUAACUAAAUACACAGCAGGCAUCACUGUGACGAAACCAGAUUCGUCUAUUUCAGUAAUUCUGGGGAACAAAGGAGACACCAUAACGGCAUCGUACGUUCACUACAUGGAUGAAUUGAAGAAGAGUGCUGCUGUGGGGGAGAUUGCCAGGAAAUUCUCGACCAAUGAGAACACAAUCACAGUGGGUGGGUCCUACGCAAUUGACCCACUGACCCUAGUGAAACUGAAGCUCAAUAACCACGGUUCACUGGGUGCCGUUCUGCAGCAUGAGGUCAUUCGCAAGUCGUUUGUGACGAUAUCCAGCGAAUUCGACACCAAGGCCUUGGAAAAGACUCCCAAAUUCGGUGCUUCACUCAUUCUCAAGCCUUGAAAAAAGCAGAGUAUGUUGCUGCUUUCUGUUAUCCUGAGGUUGAUUUGAUUGGAAGGAAAAUAUUUCGAAUAAGUAGUUGCAGAAAUAUACUGUUUUUUUUCCAGAUGCGCUCAGUUAAUGACACAUAGUCUGAGUUUUGAUACCGGGAUGGAUAUCCUGAUUUUUUCUCGCCUUUUUGUGAUAACUAUAUUCUUUGGAGUUCUGUGGUAAAUCGAGAACUCUGUUUUACAGCUUUGUUUGUCUUUGCAUGCGUGAUUAGUUCUGUUUGCAAAAAUGAACAAAUUAUUCUACCCAUUGCGAGCCUUAUUUCAUGAGGUAUAAAGUUUUCUGCCUUA